CGCUACCCUCUCCCGGGCCCUCACCUGGGGAUAGGGGGAGGUAGCAGACACCAGUCACCCCCCUUCCCGCCGCAGUGGGAGGUGCCGCGCAUCGGGGAAGAGGUGACCGGCUACUUCCGCCUGGCGGCACCGGACCGCAGCAGCCACCAUGACCGCCACGCUGCGCCCGUACCUGAACGCGGUGCGCGCCACGCUGCAGGCCGCGCUGUGCCUCGAGAACUUCUCCUCGCAGGUGGUGGAGCGGCACAACAAGCCCGAGGUGGAAGUCAGGAGCAGCAAAGAGCUGCUGUUGCAGCCGGUGAUCAUCAGCAGGAACGAGAAGGAGAAGGUGCUCAUCGAGGGCUCCAUUAACUCCGUGCGCGUCAGCAUCGCGGUGAAGCAGGCCGAUGAGAUCGAGAAGAUCUUGUGCCACAAAUUCAUGCGCUUCAUGAUGAUGAGGGCUGAGAACUUCUUCAUCCUGCGCAGGAAGCCCGUGGAGGGCUACGACAUCAGCUUCUUGAUCACAAACUUCCACACGGAGCAGAUGUACAAGCACAAGCUGGUGGACUUUGUCAUCCACUUCAUGGAGGAGAUCGACAAGGAGAUCAGCGAGAUGAAGCUGUCUGUCAACGCCAGGGCCCGCAUCGUGGCGGAGGAAUUCCUCAAGAACUUCUAGGCCGUGGUGCAGGACCCCGUGGCUCCCCAACGCUUGUGCCUGCUCCCGCUCCCCAACGAGGAUGGCCGGGCCGGGCCGGGCCCUGCCUGCCCCUCACCGUGCCGGGGGGGCCGGGCCGGGAGCAGCGCCCGCUUGCGGCAGAGCGGCCCCGGCCGUUCCCGUGUCUCGUCGUGUUUUAUAAACGGUCUCGUUUGCUGUA